GUGUGUGUGAGACGCUGCUCCGCUCCUCGCGCUGUAUUUUACAUUAAUAAUCACUAUCAUCAUCUCUGUUAUUAUUAAUCGUUAAUCAUUUUAUUAGUUAAUUUCUCACUGUUUGGGGUCAUUGUCCUGUCCUCUGAUACGGAUCGCGUUCUUCAUUAUCGGCAUGUUGGGAAUCUUGUGCAGCGGAUCACGGGAUUGUCUUCCUCCUCUUCCUCCUCUUCCUCCUCCUUCUCUUCAUUUUCCUCUUAAACAGGAAUAAAAAUUUAUUAAAGAAUUUAUAAAGAGAAAACUUUACAUCUGUACGGAUUUAUAACACUGGAUCCUGAUUCCGUGAUGAAGAUGAAGAUGAAGAGUCCGCGUGCGGUGGAGGCUGUUCGGGAUUUCUGACAUUUUUAGCGCAAUUUUCCGAUUUGGGGAAUUUAAAAAAUAGUGAACAAAAAUCAUUACAGUUUGUUUGAGGUUUGGAUUCGCGCGUCCAUCAUCAUGCGUCUGUUUCUGUGCGGCUUCCUGCUGCUGUUAGAUGACCUGUCUGUCUUCGUGUCCUCGUCCCCGUCUUCCUCGUCCUCCUCAUCCUCAUCCCCCUCUCUGGACUUUGUGGACUGCGUGAGGGCGAGUGAGGAGUGUAACCUGAGUCCUCAGUGCAGCUCUCGUUAUCGCAUCAUGAGGCAGUGCCUUGUGGGUAAAGACUGGAACUCCAUGUUGGCCAAUAAGGAGUGUCAGGCUGCGCUGGAGGUCCUGCAGGAGACGCCACUGGUGGAGUGUCGCUGUAAGCGAGGGAUGAAGAAGGAGUUACAGUGCCUCCAGAACUACUGGAGCAUCCACAUGGGCCUCAGUGAAGGAGAAGAUUUUUACGAAGCGUCCCCAUAUGAGCCUCUGCCUCCUGUUCGUCACACCGAUGCCGUCCGUCUGGCCUCCAUCAUCUCCAGUAUGAACACAGGUACAGGUAAAGCCCAGUCUCACUGCUCUGAUCCCAGUGGGACGUGUAAUCAGUGUCUGGACGCCACAAAAGCAUGUAACCUUAAUGAUAACUGUAAGCGUCAGCGCUCCAACUACAUCAGCACGUGCACACGCAGCGAAUGCAACAGGAAGCGCUGUCACAAGGCGUUACGUCAGUUCCUGGAGCGCGUGCAGUCGCAGUACAGCUUCGGCCUGCUGUUCUGCUCCUGCCAAGACCAAGGCUGUGCCGAGAGGAGACGUCAGACCAUCGUCCCCACCUGCGCAUACGAGGACAAGAUCAAACCAAACUGUCUGCAGCUGCGCAAGACCUGUCGCCUAGACCCCUUCUGCAGGUCCAGACUGGCAGAUUUCCAUACACACUGUCAGAUGAGCGACGACUCCAUCAGCACCUGUCCAAACGACGACUACCAGGCCUGUCUCACUGCCUACACCGGCCUCAUUGGCACAGACAUGACUCCUAACUACGAGGACGCUAAUCACACAGACUUCUCCAUCUCGCCGUGGUGUAGCUGCAGGAACAGUGGAAACCAGGAGGAAGAGUGUGAGAAGUUCCUGCGGGACUUUAGAGAGAACACCUGCCUGCGUAACGCCAUUCAGGCAUUUGGGACGGACAUCUCAAAGACGACGGCAUCAACCAACCCUGAAGUCCCUCGCUCCAACCCUACUCCAAACCCCAACAUCACCAAGCUCGAAUAUGAUGAAAACGAUCUGAAGUGCAGCACCUCAAAGGGCUUCAUCUGUGAAGAAGACGAGGACAGCAUAGGGACUGUUGAGAACCCUGAGUGGAAUCCCUCUAACUGGAGCGUGGGACUUAAGCUCUGCACCAAGGCCUGGAUGCUCUCGCUGCUCUUUGCUGUGGGAAACGCUGCGCUCUGAACUUCUCCUCAACCUGAGGUCUCAGCCCUGAGGGACUUCACUGGACCCUCCACCAAACUCCAGAAUCACUUCGCCUGUCUGUCUGUCCUCUCUAUACUGCAAUGUUAUUUCUUAUUAAAAAAGAUCAACAAAAGAAAAAGAAAGCGUGAGAUAAUCUUCUCGUUCUGAGAAGAGCGCAGAUCAGAAUCAUGUGAGAAAAGUCUCUAAUAGAUGAUGAGAAAGUUGAUGAUGAUGAUGAUGAUAAUGAUGAUGAUGACGUUUUCUCGACUGUAAGUGGGAUGAACUGAUGGCUGAAGUCUCCCUUGCUUUUAUUUUUGGUAAAUCUGUACAGUGACCUGUCUGGACUCUAUCGUUUGACCAGAUAUCAUCAACCCAUGACUCCAUCAUCAUGGUGAGAAAUGUAACCCUGAUCUAUUGUUCUGCUCUGGAAACCACCCUGAGGACAAGGAAACCCCAUCAUGGCCUUGGAAUAAGUUUAAGAAAGGUGUUACACGUGGACCCUCUAAGAAUAACGGGUCUAUCAUGACCUUGAGGAUCACAUAGUACUGCCACAUAGUACUGUCACAUAGUAUAGAAACCACCAUUUUUGGGGUUCUGUUCUAACCUUAAAGACCUCCAUCUGUGAGAAAGCCAGGGUUACAUCAAGGCCUCUCAAUCAUGGAAGAUUUUGCACCUACUGUAAUGAGACGGAUUGUGUGGGCACUUCACAUUUUACCCCCAGAUUUCCCCAUUCUGACAAAAACAUGAUUCUGUCUUAACCUCAAUCUUUGACCAACAUGACCCCAUUGUUGUUUUUUAGUCUACCUCCACCCUGGAUCACACCGUCCAUAAAACCUGCUGACUCAUUACACACGGGCACAACCAUUUUGAGAAACACAGCGUCUUUCCAGAAAUGUAAGACACCCAACCCCAACCCCACCCCCCAACCCCAUCCUGGACAUCACUACAUUCUGUGGGACAUUUGGGACUGUCCUGACCUUGGCCCUGAAAGCCACCAUCUUUGAGGAUGACAUCGUUGUUUUUGACCCAACUUUCUGCACCAACAUUUUUUCCAUCCUGGACACCACCGUUUUUUUGAGACACAAACGGAAUCUUCUUCAGCUGGCACCUUUAGGGGACACGGAGCAAACUCCGUGAUUCAUUUUUGAGAAGCAAUGGAUGUCAAGAUUCCUGAAUUUCACUCAGUCGGUAGGAGAAAUGGGGGCAGGUAUCGGACCAUCUUGUGCAUACACACCCCCUGAAGUCCUGAGCUCCUGGCCUUCUUACCACCUCGCACUCCACCAUCUCUGAUAGAACAGGAGUUUCAUCCAGCUGUUAAACUCUGAAUUUAAGGAAUAUUCUCUCUGUAUUCUUAACGUUCAAUCCUUCUUAGCGUGUUCGCUGUUCCCUUUUCUUAGAGUUGCUUUUAGAUUUUGCUUUGAUUGUUCCUUUUUUUUUCUUUUGUCACUCAAUUUUUGUCAGUCAGGAGUAAUUACCUUCUUCGUGACUCCUUUUCUUCCCCUGUGAAGUGUUUGAAGUAUAAAACCGUACGGCGUCGAGGCGACGCGAGAGCACGUUAUUGCUGACAGCUCUCUCAGUCUCGCUUUGCACCUUCCUGACAGAUUUGACUCAAGAAAAAGAAAAGAAAGAUGAAAAAGCACUAACUAAUCGAGAGGAGUGACCACUCAGAGAGAAUUUGCUCCAGCUUGUGAUGCUAAUGGGUCGCCCACGUGUAAUUUUAUCCCUUGAAAUAUGAUUUUCUUCUUUUAAAUUGUACAUAAUUAUAACGUGAAAGUCUUCAAGUCAAGAAUGACGAUUGCAGUGAACAUUGUUAUUAUUCUAAUUCUUAUCCUGAGGUGAUUGAAGGGAACAGAAAGGAGAGUGUGAGGGUAUUGAACACUGCAUGAUGUACGGAUCGAAUUUGUCUGGAUUUACUGAAAAGUUUAAAAAAAAAAUAAAAUACAGGAAGAGGAAGCAGACUGGACAAAAUCCCAUGAGUUUGGUCUCAGUGAUCACAAACCUGCGCCAAAGAAGGCCGUGAAGCCCGAAGCCGUGAAGAGCGUCAGACUUUUGCCUGCUGAUAAAGUCGGGGUUUUUUUUUGACAUCGAUUGAUAUACUUUCAUUUAUCAUGGAACAAAAACUCGAGCAAACGUAACUGGGAAGUGAAAUUCCCAACACGUGAGUUACGAACUACACAAACUGUUUUCGUGUCGCAUCAUAUAACGUUUCUACUAAAAGAAAUAAUCUUGUUGUGUUUAUUCUGUUCUGUGCAAUCUAUCACGUGGCCUUAUUCUGUUCGUCAUAGUUCACGUUGGAAAAACUCGCUCCAGAGACACAAAGGACACAAAGGGUCAAAAGACAGAAUAAACACUGAUCUGUACGCAUCGUAACAAAAGGAAACAAAGCAAUUAACGUUUAUGUAAAUAUCAAUAUUCAGAAAACUGUCAAAAAAAAAAAAAAACUAACUAAAAAAAAGGCAGAACAAUUUACCAAAAGGCUUCAGCAUCUGUACGUGUCGAAUCGAUGUAAGCUAACGCUCCAUUCCACAGCAUCGGCGUCCAUGCAGCGGGAACCAACCAACGAUUACGCAGAAAGUCCCACCAUUUUAGUUGCCACGGUAACGGGGCGAGAUAAACAGCUUGCUUUGCAGAACUUUUUUUUAUUAUUAUAUUGAAGUGAAAUCAUUGGUUUAUAACUCGUAUAACUUCAUGACUUAUUUGUUCAUGAUUGAAAUGUGGCUCUUUCUUUCUUUCAGGAUCAUUAGUGGGGGUUUUUUUGGUAUUCUAUAAAAAAUGAUCAAAACCAGAAAGAAGAGUAAAGUGAUGAUAGUAACUGGUGACCUCAGUUGGAAUGACAGCAUGUUCCACCUCAUAUACAAGAACCUGAAAGAUGAUAGAUGAUGAACAUCUUCUCUAAAUAAAACCAAUAAA